UUCCCCAAGAUUCCCCUAACGACCUUCUCAAACCGUUUCGUUCCCUCCAUCACUCGCGCGCUCACAUAUAAAUAACUCGAUUCAUUUCCCGCUGCAUUCACUCAGAACUCCAAUCAUCGCUUCUUCUCUCUCCGCCAUGGAAAACUCCUCUUCCUUCUCCCUGCGAUUUGCGCUCCUCUUCGCCGUCUCCUUCGCCGCCAUACUCACCGGCCCCAAGGUCACCGCUACCGAAGGCUUCGAAGCUCCCUUCACUCCCUCAACACCGCCACCAGCUCCACACGAUAACCAAGAACACUCGUUCUUCUCCCACACCGCGCUUCUCCCUCCGAUCUUGUCUCAUCUCGGCUUCCACGAGCUGGCAACGGCGGCUCCGUCGCUCUCCGACGCCGCAAACACCGGUUCCUCUGCCUGGACCGGUCCUUCCACGAUCUUUGCUCCCUCCGACGCCUCUCUGCGCGCCUGCUUCUCGUGCUCCGUUCCGAGCCUCCUUCGCGAACACAUCGUUCCCGGUCUCUUCACCAUCGAUUAUCUUCGUAAACUCGCUUUCGGCACCAAGAUCGAAACCUUGAGUCCAGGCCGCUGCGUCACCGUCACCUCCGAUAUACUCCACCUGAACACGAACACCAAAAACAACACCGCCGCCGCGAAGGUUUUCGUCGGAGGCGUAGAGAUAACGCAACCAGAUCUCUUCAACAACGGCAUGGUCGUGGUCCACGGCCUUCAAGGAUUCGUCUCUCCUUUAUCUCCGUUCUCUUGCGACGUGGAGAGGAUGAACUCGCUCUCGUUUCCGUUCCAUCCGGAUCACCGUUCCGGUCACGGUCACGGUCACGGUCAGCAUCAUCUCCACGCUACCAGUGCCAUGGUGCAGCCUGCUAUCAUGCGCCUGAUGCUCAGGGACGCAAUGCUCAGGCUCCGCAACAACGGCUUCAGCAUCCUCGCCCUAGCGAUGAAGGUGAAGUACGCGGAGCUCGUGACGCUUAACAACAUGACCGUGUUCGCCGUCGACGACCUCUCUAUCUUCGCCGGUUCGCACUCCUACAUCAGCAACAUCAGGUUCCACAUCGUGCCGAACCAUUACCUGUCCAUAGCGGAUCUCGAGAAGCUUCCGGUCGGGACUGCUCUACCGACGCUGGAACGAGGCCAGCCACUGCUCAUCACGACCUCCGGCGGAGGAGAGACGCAGGCGCCGAUGAGGAUUAAUUACGUCAGGGUUAAGGUUGCGGAUGUGAUCCGCAACGUGAAGAUUGUGGUGCAUAGUGUGUACUUGCCGUUUCCCCAUAUUAAUCCUGUGGCUGCGGCUUAUGACACUGUGAUAGGAGGUGAAGGAGCGUCAGAAGGAGCGGGGAAUAUUCCAGAUUCUGCAGAAACAACUACGACGCAAGGGACGUGUUCUGUUCUUGAUGGACGUCCAAGUUGUGGUGUGUCUCCGAUGCCUCAGGUUCAGGUCAAGCCAAUGGUGGAGAUCGAAGAUCACCAUGGCCUGUGAAUAAUGUCAUCCAUCGUGAUCCGCGAUGAUCUCUGCUGAAGUGAAACUUUGUGCGUUUGUAAUUAGUUCACUCUGUUAGCAGUGCUAGUUCUCUUUAGUUUCUGUAUUCUGUGAAACUUCCGUGUUGUGUGUACAGCAUAUUCAAUACUGUUGUUCUUCAAUAAAAA